UUUUAACGAUUGGCUGCAGUGAUGCCUUUCUAGAGACUAUUUACUCAUAGCAUGUUCACCGUUCCUUUCCAGUUCUUAACGCUGUACCGUAAGCACGUGGUUAAGAGUGUAAUUAUUGAAUUUAAGGUGAAUUAUUAAACAAGACACAAUGCCGUUGGCUCGUGAUCUUUUACAUCCAAGUCCUAUUGAGGAAAAAAGAAAGCAUAAAUUAAAGAGACUUGUGCAAAAACCUAACAGCUAUUUUAUGGAUGUAAAAUGUCCAGGAUGUUAUGCCAUCAAAACUAUCUUUUCACAUGCACAGAAACCUGUAGAGUGUGAUGGUUGCCGUACGAUUUUAUGUACACCAACUGGUGGUAAAGCACGAUUAACAGAGGGUUGCUCCUUUAGAAGGAAGGUUCAAUGUUAAUUUUAUGUGACACAAACAUCAUUCUUUACAUUCGAUAAAUAAAUACAAUUACACUGUAA